AUUCAGAAUCACGUGAGUUCUUGUUACGUGCAUCGUCACAUGAUUCACUGAUAUCAUACAUUCUUUUAAAUUCAAAGUCUACUUCCAAAAUGUCAUCUGCAGCGUCUUCAUCAGACUCUUCCAGCCCACCACAGGUCAAGAGAAAAAGAGUUACCGAAGAAUGCGAUGAUGUAGCGCACGAAACAGACACAGCAGAUAACGCACCAGUCCCAGAUGACAGCGUCGUGUUGUCUCAUGCCGAAAAACGCAGACAGAAGAAAAAAGAUCAGAAAGUUGAAGAUCAGCCGGCGAAAAAGAGAAAAGUGACGGAUGGUUCCGCAGCUGGCGUCUCUACGAAGGACUCGAAGCCUGCUGGCAAUAGCAAGCCGAAACGUCAGAAUUCGGUCUGGGUGGGCAAUCUAUGGUUCAAGACUACGCCAGAUGCACUGCGAGAUUUCUUUGAUGGCGUCGGGGAGAUCACGCGAAUACACAUGCCCACUAAAAAGGGAACGAAAGGAGAGAAUAUGGGCUUUGCCUACUCCGAACGAGAGCUUCACGGUCGGAAUUUACUGGUCAAAGAUGGAAAUGACUUUGCGGGCCGUCCCAUAACUACACCAGCGGCGGGAACACAAGAGGACGCUAAGGAUCCUUCUGCAGGCAAAUCAGUGAGCGGCUUGACGAAGACUCAACAGAAGAUUCUGCGUGUACAGAAGCAGCCUCCUGCACAAACAUUAUUCCUUGGAAAUCUUGGUUUUGACACUACUGUGGAGUCGAUUCGUGAACUCUUUGAGGCUCACAGAUACUCGCAAAAGGCUGGAAAAGGUGUCAAAGCGAAUGACGCCGAGGCUAGUGCCGGGGAGGAAAAUAAUGACACGAAAGAUGUUUGGUUACGAAAGAUCCGCAUGGGAACUUUUGAAGAUAGUGGUGCAUGUAAAGGAUUUGCCUUUCUUGACUUUACCAGCACCGAAUAUGCAACUGCCGCCCUGAUCAAUCCUCGUAAUCACCGUCUCAAUGGUCGAGAUCUAGUUGUGGAAUAUGCCUCUGCUGAUGCAGUUCGUCGAGGUGGUGGUCCAAGAUUACAAAGUGAACACAAAAGCGGACCUGGAAAGAAAUAUGGUGGUCGGCAACCCGACGCUGAGUCGCAUCCACGAUCUCAAUCGCGCCCGGGAAGGCGUGGUGAAAAUGAGAAAGAACACAGCACACAACAAGAUGACGCAGAAUCAAUACGACGGAACCAAAAGGAGGGUCCACGACAUAUAAGAACUGACAGGGUUCGAGGACGUCCGAAACCUGGUGCCGCACUGGCCCAGGCGCCACGUGAAUCUGCUGCUAUCAUACCCAGCCAGGGUCAGAAAAUUGUGUUCUAGGAUAUCACGAUAGCAAAGGAUAGCGAGAGACGCAGCAUUGUACACCCUAAUGGUAGAUAGCUUCGCAAAAAUUCCGUUGUCUACAUGGACAUACCGAAUGCAUUUUUUCCAGUUUAUGAGUAUUCCUCGUCAUCCUGAACCAUCCCGACGUUGAAUUCUGCGCAGAGAUCCCACCGAGAGCUUGCAGCAGCAGC